UGAUUGGUGUAAGUUUCUAGUACCUGGGAAGAGAUCAUCUGAUGACUGGCGGUGGAGGGGAACCUAGACCAGCAGGAGGCUGGUUAUGUUUUUUUUUUAAAAAAUCUAUCAAAUUUGGGUCGGUUAUAUAGUUUUUUGUUAGAGGAGCUUAUGGAGUCUCCAUGGGCAACAUUGCAGGAGGCUUGUUCUCUUAGUUUGGUCAUUUUCUUUCAUACCAUACGUAAAAAGGGAAACUGGAGAACUGGAGAACUCUUUGUCGGUAACCAAAGAGUAAGUAAGUAAUUGUUAUCAUCAUUCUUUGUUGAACUGUAUGGAGUUUUCUUGUACACGUUAAUUACUUUGAGGACCUUUUUGGUUAUUUGUUACUUAACCUAAUUACUCUAGGCAAUGUAGUAGACAUGGUAUAUUAGCUUGGAUGUUCGACCUUGAGAUGUAAGUUCCGCAGCUCAUAUUCUGUGAAGACUAAUAAGAUAAACCGAGAGCUUCGGCUCUCCAUUGAGUAGUCUCGUUCACAUCGAACGGGCAAAACCACGUAUAUCGCUGUGUUGUUCUUCCGCGUUCUAGUAGAUUUUACAUGGUAUCGGAGCAAGUCGUGAUCUCACUCUGAAAUUGCGAUUAUGACGAUUAGAGAUGAUGGUGGUUCGGCCGGCAAGAACGUCGUCACCGACGUUGAGACUAUCGCGCUGACCUCGCCUCUUUAUCUCCAUCCUUCAGAGAAUCCAGGCCAAUUGUUUGGGAGUGAUCUCUUGACGGACUCAAACUAUGGUGAGUGGGUUAACGAUAUGACCGAAACCCUAAUCGCCAAGAACAAACUAGUUUUUGUUGAUGGCAGUUUUUCUCGCUCCAAGGCCGGACCUGGAAUCCGCAAUGAUGCUUGGGGACGAUGCGACGUCACCGUAAAAGGGUGGUUGAAAACGGCAAUGAUCAAGGAAGUGAGAAAUAGCGUUCGUGCGGCUAAAAAUGCACGGGAUAUCUGGGCUGACCUUCAACAAAGAUUCGGCAAAGGCUCCGCAGGAAGGGCUUAUGAACUCCGCAGAACUAUUGGGGCGCUGAGGCAGGAGAAGCUUUCGGUAUCCACUUUCUACACCAAACUUGUCACUUACUCGGAUGAGUUGCACUCAGUGACAAUUAACCCUCGUUGCACCUGUGGUACAUGCACCUCUGAUGUUGCACGACAGACGAGAGAAAAGACAGAGUCGGAGAGGCUUUUUGAUUUUUUGCUCAGGUUGGAUGAUGCCUUCUCAGUGGUCCGAUCGCAGAUUGACUCGACUCUACUGUCACUCCAGGAAUUAGCCAAGUGUAACCACUUCCUAAAGCGUAGUAUAGCGGGUUUGGGUUUAAUUAUCAACCCGGGUCCUAGAUAUGAUGACUACUCAGUGAAUUCUUGUUAUCUAGCAAUGAAACUGGAAUGCAAGUCUAAACUAUCAAACUAACAAAGCAAGUAAACAGUUGUAUUCAGGUUAAGAGAGGUCACCCGGAUAUGGUUCCACCUAGACUGCAGUUAAGCCGGAUUGUAAUUACCAAGUUCAGUUUCUAUGAAAGUUAUACUACGGAAGGUUCUUAAACAGCCUGAAGUCUCGACUAAAGGUCUUCAGACCCUCUCAAUCUGAAUCUCUAGCUGGCGACUAACCUCCACCGGAGUAGACAGAUUGAGGCCCUAAGAACAAAACCUCCACUACCGGAGUAAAUCCGGUACAGAAUA